AUGAACACCGACGACGACCCUGAGUAUCUACCAGGCACAUCGCGCCUCCUCGACCGGGGCGAGAUCAUCCUCUCCCCACCGCCCACCAAAUCAGUCAAUGACCCAUUGAACUGGUCUAUUGCGCGCAAGUACUGGCAUGCUUUACUGGUAUGUUUUAUUGCUGGACUCACAGCCGCUACAUCGAACGAUGCUGGCAGCGCGCAGUUUGGCGAAAAUGAGGACUUGGGUAUUUCUUAUGAGGCGAUGAACACCGGUGCCGGUGUGUUGUUCAUCGGUAUCGGCUACGGAACUCUUUUCUUGUCACCAGCCGCAUGGCUUUGGGGUCGACGAUGCACGUACCUCUUUUGUAUCCUCAUGGGGUUGCUCGGUGCUAUCUGGUUGGCGAGGACGCAAUCGACUUCCGACUCUAUCUGGAAUCAACUGUUUGUCGGUAUCUCGGAGUCUUGUGCAGAAGCCAAUGUACAAUUGUCGCUAUCUGAUUUGUUCUUUGAGCAUCAACGUGGAACUUUUCUCGGGGUCUACGUUCUCGCAACCAGUGUGGGCACUUAUCUCGGUCCUUUGAUUGCUGGAUAUGUUGCCGAUAGCAAUCUAGAAUGGCGCUGGAUUGGUUGGAUGGCUGUUAUUAUCUCGGGUGCUACCAUCGCCGUUCUCUACUUUACCCUCGAGGAAACGCUAUUUGACCGACCUGCAUAUCAAGUUGGCGAGCUGGUUACAUCUCGGGAGAACCCUGCAGAGCCAGAAUCCGGUUUGCAAGGAUUGCAAGAAAAGAAAGCUGGCUUGUCGGACGCCAUAACUACUCCUGUCGAAGCGACGGAUGAAAAGCCAAAGUCGUACUGGCAAAGAAUCGCUCUGAUCACUCCAGCCGCUAACCUGGAGGGUUUCGGAUUUAAACAGUACUGCGUUCGGCUGAUGCAUACUAUGCGUGUAUUUUCAUUCCCUGCAGUCAUCUAUUCCGGUAUUCAAUGGGGAGCCCAGGAUGCUUGGCUCACGUUCUAUCUCACCGUCGAAGACGACUACUGGAGUGAUGCGCCCUGGUACUAUGGAGAUGUUGGGGUCGGUUUGAUGAAUCUCCCCUGUCUUAUUGGCGCCGUGCUCGGCUGUAUCUAUGGCGGAUACUUUUCUGAUAUGUUCAUGAUCUGGAUGGCGAAGCGGAACGGUGGAGUCCGCGAAGCAGAGCACAGACUGUGGUUCUUGUUCCCUUUGGCCAUCAUUUCGCCAUUGGGCAUGUUGCUGUUUGGCAUUGGUACCGGACAAUCAUGGGCCUGGCCUGGUCCCUACAUCGGGUUGGGUCUGAUUGGAUUCGGAUGGGGUUGCACUGGUGAUUUGAGCAUGGCAUAUCUGAUGGAUGCAUACCCCGAGAUGGUACUAGAAGGCAUGGUGGGAGUCGCAGUCAUCAACAACUCCAUCGCAUGCAUUCUGACAUUUACGGCUAGUCUGUGGCUUGACAGCCAGGGCGUACAGAAUACUUUCAUUGUGAUUGCGGCUCUUGACUGUUUCUUUGUGUUGACUACUAUCCCGAUGAUGUAUUGGGGGAGAACUUGCCGGCAGUGGACCAAGACGCGCUAUCUUGAUUUUGUGCGUAUUCGCGAUUCUCUUUGA